CUUGAGCCGUUCAGCCUAUUUAUAUUACGCCCUAAAAUUUCCUCCGAUUGUCCUUCCAACUCUUCCGUUUCAUCUACAUUCAGGGCGCCGACAAACCAAAUGGAGGGAUUCGGGUCGGGUCAGAGGCGGUGUGGUGUGGAGCGGAGGACGGAGAUUGUGAGCGGGAAGAUCUCUGGCGUGGGAGGACCCAAUCAGAUCUACGCGACUCGUUCUUCCAAUGCGCCGCCGGUUCCGGCUCGGACGAGUUGGUCGAGUCAGGGAGUGCCGAAGCCGUGGGGAUUUAGCGAUCCGGAGAUGAAGAGGAAGCGGAGGAUUGCCAAGUAUAAGGUGUACACUGUGGAAGGGAAAGUGCAGGCUUCCUUGAGGAAAGGCCUCCGUUGGAUCAAGAAUAAGUGCUCCCAGAUCGUCCAUGGUUACUAGACAAUCAUACUCUGCGGCUCUGAUUUUUUACAGGCGGGAUUUAGCGGGACCCGAGAAUGAUGUGGCAAGAUCUUGAUGUAAUGGAUUAGAUGGUCUUUUGACAUUUUCUGGACCUUUUUUUUUUUUUAACUUAUUUACUUCGAUUAAUUCUUGUUAUUUGAUUUUUAAAAAUUUUUUAGUUUAUGAUCAUAGGGACUUACAAUCUAAAUUUGAAGCAUCUAGGUUACUUUGAUCAUGUAAUUUGGUUUUAGUAUGAACAAUACUUUUAUUAAAUUCAUAAUUCUAAU